CACAGACAACCACUAUUCAUUAGGGUUGAGCCUGCGCUUUUCGCUUCGCUUCAUCUUAUAGUUGGAGCUUGAGUAAGUCCAUCUUAGAGUUAUCAUGGCCACUCAAAUCAGUAAGAAACGCAAGUUUGUUGCGGAUGGAGUUUUCUACGCAGAACUGAACGAGGUAUUGACUAGAGAAUUGGCUGAGGAUGGAUACUCUGGUGUUGAGGUUAGGGUUACUCCCAUGCGCACCGAGAUCAUCAUCAGGGCUACUCGUACCCAAAAUGUUCUUGGUGAGAAGGGAAGGAGGAUCAGGGAGCUCACUUCCGUUGUCCAGAAACGUUUCAAGUUUCCGGAGAAUGGUGUCGAGCUCUAUGCUGAGAAAGUUAACAACAGGGGUCUCUGUGCCAUUGCGCAGGCCGAGUCUCUUCGUUACAAGCUCCUUGGAGGUCUUGCUGUUCGCAGGGCUUGUUAUGGAGUGUUGAGGUUUGUAAUGGAGAGUGGGGCAAAAGGAUGUGAGGUUAUUGUGAGUGGAAAGCUUCGGGCACAGCGUGCCAAAUCCAUGAAAUUCAAGGAUGGGUACAUGAUAUCCUCUGGCCAACCUGUUAAAGAGUAUAUUGAUUCAGCUGUUAGGCAUGUUCUUCUUAGACAGGGUGUGCUUGGUAUCAAGGUCAAGAUCAUGCUUGACUGGGAUCCGAAGGGCAAGGUUGGUCCAAUGACACCAUUACCUGAUCUGGUCACAAUCCAUCCUCCCAAGGAAGAAGAAGAGUAUGUUCCACCAUUGUUGACAACCAAUAUUGAGAUCCCAGUAGCAUAAAUCACGAGCUUGGUUGUUUUCUAGUAUCCAAGAAUAGGUUUUUUGUUCCUAAAUGUGGGGCGGAGGAUAAUAGCUCUACUUGUGUAUGAAGGAAGAGUUGGUUUUUGCUUUGGUCCAAUUGACUUCUCAAAUCUGUCUCAAAACGGUACUAAUCCAGGAUUAGCCCUGGGCCUUUUUGUUUCUAUAUUGCUUUGCAAUCAUUUAACCAAUGCCUUUAUCUCAGUUUUACUCCAGAAUGUUCCUUUUUAAUCAAUGUUUUUUUAUUUACGUA